AUGGUCAAUUUUUUAUAUAUUUCUUUUUUACUAUUAUUAUUUUGUCAUGUUUCAUUAGUUAGAUCAUAUUCUGCUAUGUAUGGCAUUGAAUAUGGAUUGCUAGAAGGUAAUAAUUCCUCACCAAAUUUCACAAUUACCUUUGAAAAUAAAACAGCAGUAACUUUUAAAAUUUGGAAGGAUUCUUAUACAAUGGUUUAUUUGUUUGCAAGGGUGGUGAUUGUUAUUAAUAACAGUACAAAGUUUCUUUGGAAUCCAUUCCUCAUUGGAAGAGUUGAAGGACUAACUCGGGAAAUGUAUACAUCUGGAGGGUUUAUUUCCGUAACUGGAACCUAUUUUGAUAAUACCAAUUUCACAGUGUCUAUAGGUCAUGCAACACUUCCUUUGGCUUCAAAGAAUGGAAGUUUGUACAUAUUUUCAGUUCAAGAUUCAAUAAUACCUUACUUAACUUCAGUGACUGGAGGGAAUGAUUUAAUAGUAUUCAAUGAUCCAGAUCCAUAUACUUUUACAUUUCAAUUUAAACCUCCGGUUAUAAAUACUUUAAGUAUGAAUAGCCAAUAUUUGUUUAUAUAUGGAGAUAGUUUUGGAAUAGAAAGUUGGAAAGUUCAAUGUUUUAUAGAUGGAUCUCCAUUGAAUAUAGUUAAUUUUACACGUAGCACUAAUAUUGUUACUGAUUUGGCUUCGCCAAAUUUUAGAACUCUCGGAACUAGAAGUAUAACACUUACAUUGGAAGAUAAAAUAGCUAGUAAAACUAUUGAUAUAUACCCUUUAAUUAAUAGUGUAUCAUCAGUUUCAAGUAGUACUGGUGGUCCAAUAACUAUUUUUGGAAUUGGGUUGAAUCUUACUAGAAUUGAUAAUAGUGUAAUUCAAUCGAAAUCAAUAAUAAUAGGUGGUGUUAAUUGUACGAAUAUUACACAAGUCAAUAGCUAUGAUUUGGAAUGUCAAUAUCCAUCUUUCAACAAAUCAUCGAAUUCCACUACUAAAGACCUGAAUAUCAAGUUAGUGUUAGAUGGAUUUGAAGCAAAUCCAUUUAAUUUCAAUUAUGACCAAAUUACCAUUAAUUCAAUGUAUAAACAGAAAGGAAUGAUUAUAAGAGUUGUUAGUUCAGUCUACAGAGCGGCCAAUUUAGAACUUUCACUAUUCAAAUAUGAUGAUAAAACUUUGAUUUUAUCUGGAUUGGCAGUUGUAAAUUCAUCUGUAAAAGGAGAGAACAUGUUUUUGGAUUUCCAAAUUCCAAGAAAUAUCUAUGGUACUUUUUUAGCACAAAUUUCAAAUCUAUCGAAUCUCUACAGUUUCGAUUGGUAUCCAAAGGUAACAUUCGUAGUAUCACCAAGAACUUCUGGAGAUAUUCUGUUUAUCAAUGGUGAAAUAUUCAGUGACCCUGUUGUUAUUUCAAUCUCUGACAGCGCCAUCAAAUGCAAAAAUGCUAAAGUGAUAACAACAACAUUGAUAGCAUGUAACUUAACUAAAGGAUCAGGUAAAGAUAUUCGAAUAACAUUAGGUAUGAAUGGAACAAUUUUGGAAUCAAAGUUUAGCUAUUUACCACCUACUUUAUCUAAAGCAUUAAUAUCAGAUUCACCAGAUUCCGAUGGAAAUCGUAAUAUUACAGUUAUUGGUCAUAAUUUCGAUGAUAAGAAUCUAUUUAUCAAGAUAAAUAACACGAUAGAUUGCGGAACAUUACAUUUCAUGAAUGAUACAACAUUAAUUUGUACAAUAAGUGAAAUUGUUUAUAAUGAUCUAAAGUCAAUAGUAAAUAUCGAUGAUAGUAGUAGCAGUAGUUCUUUCAUUAAACUUUACGUCAGUGUUAAUGGACAAUCAGUAACAGCACCAAGACUUUUAAGCAUAGAAAAGGAUGAACCAACAGAACCUGUUGAUAAAACAUUUAUCAUUUUGUCAGUGAUGACACUCGUCAUUGCUGCCAUCGGUUUAAUACUAUUAAUCACAAUUAUACUAUACAUUAGACAUCAACAAAACAUGAAACAACAACAACAUAAAAAGAGAAGAAGAUUUGGUUCUCCAACGAGAAACCAAUAA